AUGUAUGACUCUGUUCGCAAUUUCGAAUCACUGUUGAAGACAAUCGAGCUAGAAGCCACUUUGCAGCAAGACGAGAACUCAUGGGAAAUGCAAGAAAUGCUGUAUGAGAAAACAACCAACGCAACACUAACACUAGCUGAAGACACGCUUGAAAUGUCAACCAAAAAGAAUGCCGAUAGAUCAGAAUUGUUGACCAGAACGGAUAGAAGCACGUCUGAAGUACCAACCAAAACGGAUAAAGUACUGCUGCAAGAUAAUCUUGAAGCGCUGGAAUUAAUAAUGAACAACGAUGUCAUGGCACCUUUAGAGUUAGUAAAAACUAAUGCUAACAGAUCUGAUUUACAAACGGCGGAAGACAAUAAGCGGUCUGAAAUAACAGUCGCAAGCAUUGCUGAGGUAAAAAUGAACGGGGACGCCAGAACAUACAAAAUAACAACGAAGCACUCUAAAACUCCUGAACCAGUAAGGAGGAGAGACCCCAGAGCGGACACUACGAAGGCUAAAAUUACAACGAGGAAUGCCAAAACGACUGAAACAUUAACGAAAAAAGACGCCAUCGCGCCCAACCUACUAACAGAGGAAAACGCGGAGGUGUCAGAAAUAACAGCAGAGCCAGCAAAGAAAGACACUAACAGGGUUGAUGUAACCACAGAGGAGGAUGUCAGGGCUCCAGAAUUAAGGGCGAAUUUGGAAGCAAAAAUGAGCGGAGCGGCAGUGAAAAAAGAUGCCAUGGAACUUGAAAUAUCUGUGAAGAAGGACACGAACACGCUUGAGGCAGUAAAAGAAAACGAUAAUACAUCUAAAAUAAAAAUGGCGAUGGAUUCCAUGACUGCUGAACAACCUGCAAUAAAGGACGCUAAGAAUGCUGAAGAAAAGACAAAUUACAGCGACGUGUCUGAUAUGUGGACGGAAUUUAGUACCAAAACGCUGGAAGUUUCUGUCCAAAAUGAUGUCGGUAUGCAGGCAGAGAGGAAUAUCAAGAUGUCUGAAGUAGCGACGAGAGAUACCUGCAUUACUAACGUGCUCACAAGAGGAAAGAUGUUAGAAGUGAUAGCAAAAAAGAACGUUAGGGCGUCCGGAAAGCAAACGAAAAAGGACCCCAAGCCGCCUGAUGUAGCGGUUAGUGAAGAUGCAGAGGCGCCGAGGGAGGUUCCUGAGUUAGAUGGAGAAACAGUGAAGAAGGAUGACAUGAUGCUCAAAAUGCCAUUGAAGAAGGACACCGGCAUGCCUGAAGCAACAAUGAAGGAAAAUGCCAGGGCGGUCGAAAAUGGCAUGUCUGAAGUGGCCACGGAGGAGGAUCACAAAAUUUCUGAUGUACAAAGUGCUAAGAAGGACACGAGGACGACCAAAACUGCAAUAAAGAAAGAAGUAUUCACGAAAAACGACGACAGCGUGCCUGGAGCAACAAAGAAGGAUGAUAGGAAGUAUGAAACAACAACGAACAGUGAAGUCAGGUUGGUUGAACAAUUAACAAACACACGUGCUGAAGAAACAACGAAGCAUGAUUUGCCAGUGAAGGAGCGUGCUGAUACACUAGAAGUUGUGCAAGAUGGCGCCAACAUGCUUGAUGUAGUGACGGAUGAGAAUACCAAAAUGUCUGAGAUAACAGCACAGGAUUUGGUGACGCCUGACUUAUUGCCAAACGAGAAUGUUAAUACUGUAGAAAUACUGGCAAAAAAGGAUGUUAAGACAGUGGAAGUAACAGUGAAGGAAGCCAGAACGUCUAAGGCUUCAGCUAGUAAGGACGCAAAAACAAUUGAAGUAGCAACGAAGAAAAAAGGUAGAAUGUUUGAAGUAGCAACGAAGGAUGCAAAAACGACAGAGGCAGCAGCAACAAGGGAAACCAGGGCUUUGGAAACAGCAGCGAAAGAUACUAAAAUGGUUGAAGUACCCAGGAAAAAAGGCGCAAAAACACCUGAAUUGCCUAUGAAAGAGGCCAAAACGGCCGAAUCAUUGCCGAAAAAGGACACCAAUAAUGCUGUUAAACAAACUGUUGGAAUUGAAGAGCCAUUGAGACAUCCAACGAAAUUUUUGCUGGUUUUUGAAGGCAGUUUCCACUGUCCGAAAUGA